GAAACGGAUACGGCCAAAUAAUGAACAUUCAAAUCCGCUGAGCUCCGUCAUCCUGCCUCCACACGCUAGCCAGUAACUCCCCAAACAGGCCGCCUUGCCUACAUAAGCAGUCAGAUUUCCCAUUUCUCUCUUAAUCCUUCAGAAUCUGCCAGCUUCCCCUUCCUUCACAUCACUUUCCCCCCAAUUCGGAAGGAAGAGCUCGCAAAAAACCCCGCGAAAAAUUCUUCAACCACCCCCGUCAACCCGCCGCCGGGGACGCGGGCCGCCUUCCGGCUCUUCCUUCUGCUCCUACCCAAUUCUUCCAUCUUUUACCACAUAUAGAUAUAUUCUACAUCUCUGCCCUAGUUGUUUUAAUCAAUUUCAUCGAUACCAAGGGCCCUGAUUCUAUCUGAGAAGAGUUGGAGUCCAGGGGAAUAUAAUUGGGGUUGUGUUCCGGAGCUUGGGGAGUUUAGAGGAGGGCGAGCGGGAAUAAGAUUUUGAUGGGGUUUCUGGUGGAUUCGCAAAAGGAUGGCGGAAUCGGGUUCUUGGGAGGUUGCGUGAAGACUCUAAUAAGGAGGAAACAGGUUGAUUCUGCUGACGGCAAUGUCCACGGCCACCACCAGUUGGCCAAGGAGCUGUCUGUUCUUCAUCUCAUUGCCAUUGGCGUUGGUUCGACGAUUGGAGCUGGAGUUUACAUUCUGGUGGGGACUGUUGCUAGGGAACACGCAGGGCCAGCACUUGCCUUAUCUUUUCUAAUCGCUGGAUUUGCUGCCGCUUUAUCAGCCUUCUGCUAUGCAGAACUUGCAAGUCGCUGCCCAUCUGCUGGCAGUGCCUAUCACUACUCGUACAUUUGUGUCGGAGAAGGAGUUGCUUGGUUGGUGGGCUGGGCUCUGAUUCUGGAAUACACAAUCGGCGGGUCAGCAGUUGCUCGUGGCAUUUCCCCCAAUCUGGCAUUGCUAUUUGGAGGUGAAGGCAGCCUUCCAUUUUUCCUGGCACGUCAAGCGAUCCCGGGGCUUGGUAUUGUAGUGGAUCCAUGUGCGGCAAUUCUUGUGUUUGUUGUCACUGGGCUCUUGUGUGUGGGAAUCAAGGAGAGUACUAUGGUCCAAGGCAUAGUGACCACCGUGAACUUAUGUGCCAUGCUGUUCGUCAUAAUAGCUGGAACUUACUUGGGCUUCAAGACUGGCUGGUCUGGAUAUGAGCUUCCUACUGGGUACUUCCCCUUUGGUGUUGAUGGCAUGCUUGCAGGUUCCGCCGUUGUCUUCUUUGCUUACAUUGGUUUUGAUUCAGUUGCCAGCACAGCUGAAGAGGUGAGGAAUCCUCAACGUGAUUUGCCUAUGGGAAUAGGGUUUGCAUUGUCCAUCUGUUGUUCGCUCUAUAUGCUGGUGUCGAUUGUUGUUGUCGGUUUGGUGCCAUACUAUGCAAUGGAUCCCGAUACUCCUAUCUCAUCUGCAUUUGCUGCUCAUGGGAUGCAAUGGGCAGUUUACAUCAUUACAGCUGGAGCUGUCAUGGCACUGUGUUCCACAUUGAUGGGGUCAAUGCUACCUCAGCCUCGGAUCUUAAUGGCUAUGGCUAGAGAUGGAUUGCUGCCAUCAUUUUUCUCAGAUGUCAACAAAAAAAGUCAAGUUCCUGUGAAGAGCACUGUGGUGACGGGACUAUGUGCCGCCACCCUAGCUUUUUGUAUGGAUGUUGAUCAAUUGGCAGGCAUGGUCAGUGUGGGGACACUUCUUGCAUUCACUAUGGUUGCGAUUUCUGUGCUAAUACUCAGAUAUGUGCCACCGGAUGAGGUGCCUGUUCCAUCCUCACUCCAGGACACAAUAGAUAGUGUGUCAUUGCAUUACAACAGAAUUAGUGGGGGUUCUACUAAGAAAAAGUCAAAGGCUCAUGCCAGCAUUUCCAAGGAUUCUAAAUUACCUUUGCUUGUUGGAAAGAAUGCACCAGCGGACUAUCCUGACCUUGUCAAAGAGGACCCUUCAGUUAAAUAUGUGUUAAGUGAAGAGAAAAGGAGGAAGAUUGCUGGCUGGACCAUAGCAUUCACAUGCAUUGGAGCAUUCACCCUUACAUACGCAGCUUCAAAUUUGGCUAUUCAGUGGUGGGUUGUGUUCCCUUGGUCCAGCAUGCAUACACUCAUAACUCGUUGUGUUACCAAUGCUUAUAGUCAAUGUUCAAGAAGACGCUAGGCGCUAUCUAGGCGAGGAGGCACAGCCCAGAGCCUAGGCCGAUUAAUCGUUGCCUAGGCGGGAUUAAACGUUGCAAAAAAAUACGAUAGAUAAGCCAUAUUCCACAAAAAUCCAAGUUGUCAUAUCAUUAUUCAUCCAUUCAUAUUCACAUACAACCCUUUUCCACAAUCCCAAACAUCCCAAGUCGCCAACAAUGAGGAGGGAUCUCACUGCUGGUCGAUGAAGGGGAGCGGCUGGUCGAAUGGGCUUGUUCGGUAUUGCUUGUGUGGAUUCGGUGGAGCUCUUCUCCUGACUGGCUUGGUUGUGCUGACAUGUAUAGAGCAAGAUGAAGCAAGGCACAACUUUGGACAUUCUGGAGGUUUCACAUGCCCGUUUGUUCCUCUGCUCCCAAUCUUCUGCAUUCUGAUCAAUAUCUACCUGCUCGUCAAUCUCGGUGGUGCCACAUGGGCUCGUGUCUCUGUAUGGCUGGCGAUUGGCGUCGUAGUGUAUUUGUUCUAUGGCAGAAAACACAGCUCUUUAAUGGAUGCAGUAUACGUGCCAGUGGCUCAUGCUGGAGAGAUAUAUGGACGAAGAAGCUCUGGAGAUACUUUGGCUUGACGAUGGAUGGGUGGCUAAGUUUCGGUGAUGGGAAUACGGGCGUGGACUGUUCCCAGAUGGAGCAGGACCUCUUUCUAAGCAACAGAAUCUCUUUGUUGUACCAAAAUUUCAAUCUUGUAAGCAUUAGAAUCAAUUUUCAUAUAUUUUAUUCUCUCUUCAGUCAACAUAUAUAUAGCAGUAGCAGAGACUGAAAUCAGUUUCUCUUUGUAGUAUAUUCAUUUCUGUAUGACGAACUAUAGGUACCCGGCGAACUAGGGUAAUUCGGGAAUAUAUAGAUUGUACAUAUUUGUGGCAAGUUUAUAAAGCAUUGUUCUUCCACUUCUCUGAAAGC